UCGCUAAAUAUUCCAAAGAACUUCUUCUUCACUCUUAUCUACCUCUCUUCUCCAACAUUUCCUUCAUUCUGGAUAUUGAUUUUUCCUAUGGCCGAGGCUUUAGUGGAAAGCGUGAUUGAAAAUUUGGGAUCUUUAUUUCAAGACCAACUUGCAAUUUAUUGGGGCGUUGAUCAGCAGACUGAGAAGCUUUCCAGCAAUCUCAGAGCAAUCCGUGCUGUCCUCAGAGACGCUGAGAGAAAGCAAAUCACAAGCUAUGCAGUGAAGGAUUGGCUGCAGAAACUCACAGAUGCAGCAUAUGUGCUUGAUGAUAUCUUAGAUGAAUGUUCAAUUCACUCCACAAAGAUGCACUCUGUUGAUGGUCAUAUUUCACGCCUAUCCCGUCUCCAUCCUAAGGACGUUCUCUUUCGCUUUCAUAUUGGAAAGAGGAUGAAAGACAUCACCCAAAGAUUUCACAACAUUCAUGAAGAAAGACUCACAUUUGAAUUGCGUGUGGGUGUCACGGAGAAGCAAGCAGUGAAUGAUGAUGAUGAUGAUGAUUGGCGUCAAACUAGCUCAGUAAUUACCGAACCCAUAUUCUGUGGCAGAGACAAGGAUCGAGAGAAGAUUGUGAAGUUUCUGUUGGAAGAUGCUAGUAACAGUGAAGACCUCAGCAUCUAUCCCAUAGUUGGUAUGGGUGGACUUGGCAAAACAACUCUUGCCAAACAGGUCUUCAAUGAUCACGAGAUAAGUAAACAUUUUGACUUGAGAAUUUGGAUCUGCGUUUCGGAAGAUUUCAAUGUGAAGAGAAUACUGCAAUCCAUCAUAGAAUGUACCAUUGGUCAAAAUCCCAACCUUGGUGAUUUAGAAGCAAGGCGUAGAAAGGUUGAGGAAGCAUUGCAGAACAAGAGGUAUUUGCUUGUUCUUGAUGAUGUGUGGAAUGAGAACACAGAGAAAUGGAAGGAGUUGAAGGGGAUGUUGGAGUGUGCAAAUGGAGCAAAGGGAACUACCAUUUUGGUCACUACUCGACUCGAGGAAGUAGCUUCCAUCGUGGGAACGCAUUCUGCUUACCGUUUGAAAGUAUUGUCAGAAGAUGACAGUUGGUCAUUGUUCAAACACCAUGCAUUUGGACCAAACAGAGAAGAAAGGGAGGAACUUGUAACAAUCGGAAAACAGAUAAUGAGGAAAUGCGUUGGUUCACCACUUGCAAUCAAAACCUUGGCAAGCUGUUUGCGUGAUGAAACUGAGGUAAGGCAAUGGGAAAAUGUAAAGAAGAGUGAAAUUUGGAAUAUACAAGAAGAAAGUAGUAGUUCUAUGACAGGUGAGGAAAAUUCUAUUAUGCGUGCUUUGAAAUUGAGCUAUUCUAAUUUGAAGUCGUCUAUGAAGAGAUGUUUUUCUUUUUGUGCAAUUUUCCCCAAAGAUUUUGAAAUAGACAAGGAAGAACUUAUUCAUCUCUGGAUGGCUAAUGGAUUUAUUAAAUGUGAAGGAAAUGUAGAAGUGGAGGAUGUUGGGAAUAAAGUGUGGAAAAAAUUAUACCGUAGAUCAUUUUUUCAAGAAGCUAAGUAUGAUGAAGUUGGUAUGAUCACUACUUUCAAGAUCCAUGAUCUAUUUCAUGAUCUUGCCCAGUCUAUUAUGGGUGAGGAAUGUGUGGUUAUUGUGAAAGGAAGAUUGACUCAAUUGCCAACUAGAGUUCACUAUUCAAGCUUGCUCAAUUCUGGUGUGUCUGGUUAUAUGACUGCUUUCAAGCAAAGAUUGACGACUGCUUUGAAGAAGGUUAAAUCCCUGCAGAGUUUUCUUGAUUUUGGUGGUAUUGGCCCGGUUCCAUCAAAUCAUAGUCUCCGAGCAUUGCAAACAAGCUCUUCUUUGUUGUCCCCACUCAAGGAUUUAACACUUUUGAGAUAUUUGAGUUUGAGAUUUAGUCAGAGCUCAGAAGAAAACUUAAAUAACUCAAUUUGUCAGUUGCCAAAAUUGCAAAUAUUGAAACUGUUUCAUUGCCCCGAACUUCAUGGGUUGCCUAAGGAUUUGACACGAUUACAGGAUCUGAGGCAUAUUGUGAUUGAUGGCAUGGAUACAAUACAAGAGAUGCCUCCGAAUAUUGGCAAGUUAAGGCAUCUAAGAACACUGAGCAUUUUCGUGGUGGGUUCAAAGCCAGGGUGUGGCUUAGCAGAGUUGCAUAGCUUAAAUCUGAGAGGCACGCUGAGCAUCAGAGGCCUUGAGAACGUCCUCAAUGAAUUGGAUGCUAAAGAAGCAAAUUUGAUUGGUAAGAAGGAGUUGAAUAUCCUAGAGUUGUCAUGGGAUGGUAGUGGUAAUCCAAAAGGCAGUAAUGUAAGUGUGGAGAGAGUACUGGAAGCCCUAGAACCUCCCUCAACUCUCAAGAGUUUUCAAAUGGAUGGAUAUCAGGGAAGGCAGUUUUCGAGUUGGAUGAGAAGUUCUCUAGUUUUGAGAGACUUGGUGAAUGUUAUACUCUCCGACUGUGAGAACUGUGAGGAGCUUCCCCCACUUGGUAAACUUCCACACUUGAAAAGACUAAUUGUGAGUGGAAUGAAAAAUGUGAAGUGGAUAGAUGGUGAGACGUAUGACGGCGUGGAAGAGAAGGCAUUUCCAUCGUUGGAGGAACUGAUUGUGGAUAAUUUACCAAAUUUGGAGAGGUUGUUGAGGGAUGAAGGAGUAGAGAUGCUUCCUCGUCUUUCCCAAUUAACAAUUGAAGAUGUGUUGAACUUUAAAGUCCCACGUCUUCCUUGUGUGGAGACACUUGAUGCUAGAGGAAUUGAGGCAGGGACUUCUUUCAUGGAAGGGGUUGGGGAGAAUAUGGCUUGUCUAGAGACCUUGAUCAUUAAAAUCAUUAAAGGAGUGGUGGUAUUACCCGACGAAUUCAGGAGGUUGGGUGCACUACAGGAACUAUACAUUGGAGAAUGGUAUGAUGUGGAGUAUUUUCCAGAACACGUGGUGGAAGGUCUAACUUCUCUUCGAACUUUGUCCAUUAAAAACUGUGAGAAAUUGAAAUCGUUGUCUGAAGGUGUGGGACAUUUGGCUUGUCUUGAGAGGUUGUGGAUCGAAAAAUGUCCAGAGCUAGUGGCUCUACCAAGCAAUAUGAGUCAACUAUCUGCCCUGCGGAAUGUUUCAAUCCAACUUUGCUGCACAUUACCAGAUGGCUUACAACGUGUCCCCUCCCUACGAGUUUUAUUUAUAGAGAAAUGCACGUGUACUUCAUUGCCGGACUGGCUGGGAGAUAUGACUACUCUUGAACGAUUAUUCAUUUGGCACUGUGAGGAGUUGAGGUCACUGCCGAGUAGCAUUCAACGCCUCACCAACUUGUCUUAUUUAAGUAUAGAAGGAUGUCCUCAUCUGAAGAAGCGGUGCAAGAGGGAAACAGGAGAGGAUUGGCAAUACAUAAACCACAUUCCGCAAUUAUUUGUGGACGGAAACGACGUUUUGUGAUGAAUUAAUUCUAGAAUGUUUUGUUUAAUUCUCCCCGUAAUGUGUCACUUCGUCUUUGAAAAUUUUGUGUAGCCUUUUUCGAGGUGUAUAUAUGGAAUAAUAAAACAGCGUUUCAGUAUUGUUUGUGCUCAGGUAAAGUAGUAAAAGGAAAUCAUUUUUUUUUAUAUGCAAUUUCUAGGUGAUAUAAUUGGGCCUCCUAUAAAAUCAUUUGUAUUCUAUCUUUAACCUCUCUUUUUCUCCUCAUCUGAGGAUUUCAAUGAAGUUCUUGU